AUGAACAACGCUGGCCUUGUUUAUCUUGCCAGCCAACGCGUCUUGGCCCUUCCGCUUGGUAACAGUACUCUUUAUGCCACGAGAGGUACUGAUAAAUAUGUGUUCUUGUACCCUCUGCUUGACACAACGGGUGCCGGUCCCUGGUUAGAGGUACCACGUCCACGCUACCACAUUCCUCCAAGCGUUCCAACUUCGAAGCGCUCCACGCUGGCCAUCUCUGCCGCGAGAAUGGAGAGUCAGCAUGGUAUUGAACCUCCAGGAGUUGUUGACAAUGAUGGCUCCCAUCAAGCGCGCCUUGAAGAGUGGCUGCGUGCACAAAAAAGCCGUCGCCGUUGUCGAAUCGGUAUAUCUUUUAGCAACCUGGAGUGCAUCGGUCGUCGGACGUCCGAACAAUAUCUAGACACCUACAUAUCGGCUCUUACGAGACCAUGUCGAGCUAUACGGUCGCGAGAACAAGUUCAGAUCUUGUCUGGAUUUGAAGGCUUAAUACUUCCAGGAGAGAUGCUUCUAGUUCUGGGACGGCCUGGCAGCGGGUGUUCAACAUUCCUUAAAACCUUGUCUGGAGAUACUCACGGCUUCCAUGUUGGGGCAGGAUCAGUCAUCAACUAUCAAGGAAUGUCUUACAAAGAAAUGCACCGCAACGCACCCGGGGAAUGUAUCAACCUUGGCGAACUCGAUGUCCACUUCCCAGAGCUUACUCUGGGUCAGACCUUGGAGUUUGCAGCUUCAACUCGGCCAAGCCAGAAUCUGACAUUUGACCAGCAAAAUAAUAAGCAGGGAGCAGAAGGUACAGCGCGUCUAAUUGCCUCGCUAUUUGGCCUGAGUUCGGGAUACGAUACGCGGAUAGGGGAUGCCCUUAUUAGAGGUGUGAGCGGUGGCGAGAAACGACGAACAAGCAUUGCUGAGGCCUACAUUGGCGGAGCACAGGUGCAAUGUUGGGAUAACAGCACCCGAGGGCUGGACAGUUUGACGGCCCAGCGCUUUAUUGAUCUUCUUAGACGCUCGACGAAUGUGCUACAGUCUACAGUUGCCAUGAGUUUAUACCAGGCCUCGGAAUCCAUGUACAAGCAAUUCGAUAAAGUAAUGCUUCUCUAUGAGGGUCGCGAGAUUUACUUUGGGCCCAUAGACGCCGCUGCCGACUAUUUCACAGCCCUCGGCUUCGCCAGACCUGCCAAUGCAACCACUCCGGAUUUCUUGACAUCUAUAACUAAUCCAGCAGAGCGUGUUGCUCGAGAAGGCUGGAGCAACCGCACACCAAGAUCUCGAGACGAUUUUGUCUCGGCAUGGAAGAUGAGCCGUCAGGCCAAGUCGCUCCAUGAUGAGAUUGCAGAGUUUGAGUUGGUAAAUCCCAUCCAUGGCAGAGAUUCAAGUCACUUGACGGACAAACAGGCUCCAGGGGACGUUACAAGCCUGCGGCCGUCAACCUUCCCCCUUCCAAUACACAAACAGAUCAUCGUGUGUCUUCGAAGGGCGUAUCAACGCCUACACAAUCACGUCGCCCCUGUUGUGUCGAUGCAGAUUGCCAAUUUGAUCCUGGGCCUUAUCAUUGGAAGUGCAUACUACAACCUCGGUGAAGGCUCCGAUAGUUUGUUGCCGCGCUCAACCCUUCUUUUUUUCGUCACCAUGUUGAAUUCCUUCGUCCCAGCGUUUGAGGUUGACCUCAUGUAUGCACAACGGCCAAUCGUGGAGAAGCAGAGUCGAUAUGCUUUUUAUCAUACUUUCGUGGAUCGUGUCGCAUUCAUGAUAUUGGACUUGCCCGCCAAAGUAGCCCUAUCCUUUAUGCUCCAUCUUCCGAUUUACUUCAUGACAAAUCUUCGAAGGACCGGAGAAUCCUUCUUCACCUACUGGCUGUUUAUGAUGGUCAAUCUGCUUGCUAUGGCCAUGCUCUUCCGGAUGAUAGGUUUCCUCUCGAGAUCUCGGGAUGGGACACUGACGCCAGUUUCUAUUCUCACUCUUUUAUGUGUGCUAUAUACAGGAUAUGUCGUCCCCCCGCCGUCUAUGGUUCCGUGGCUUGCUUGGUUCCGCUACAUAAAUCCAAUCGCCUACACCUACGAAGGCGUCAUGAUUAAUGAACUACGCCGUUGUCAAUUUUUAUGCUCGGUUACUAUUCCAGAUGGCCCAGACUACCGCAACAUUUCGAGUUUGGAAAAACUAUGUGCGGAAGUCGGUAGACUUGCCGGCACUGACCUAGUUGAUGGAAGCGAAUUUCUCAGGUUGAAAUACGGGUACACUGAAGCCCAUAUGUGGAGAAACAUGGCCAUUCUUCUCGCGAUGAUGGUCAUCUUCUGUAUCGGCCAUUUACUGGCAGCAGAAUACAUCCCGGCCCAAAAGUCGCGUGGAGAGGUGUUAUUGUUCAAGAAGCCUUUUGCAAAACUUGAAUGUGGUGAAGAGACGGGCAUAUCUGAAGCCGAAAUCGGCGCAAACGAUGCGACUUUAGGCUCCAAGACGUGUGAACACGGCCCCUACAGCGAGCCAGAUGUCACGACGGCCAUACAAAGAAGCCGACAAACUUCAACCUUUCAAUGGAGUGAGAUAUCAUAUGACAUAAAAACUCGUGGAGGGAAUCGAAGACUAUUAUCAGAUAUCAGUGGAUGGCUGAAGCCGGGAAGUCUCACAGUUCUGAUGGGUGCCACGGGGGCUGGAAAAACAACUCUUCUUGAUGUUCUGGCCGGGAGAGCCUUGCGAGGAGAAGCUCAUGGGACCAUUUUCGUUGACGGUAGGCCAAGAGGCGCUACCGGUGACUACCAGCAAAGAAUGGGAUACGUGAAGCAGGACGACAACCAUCUCCCCACCUCGACUGUUCGUGAAGCACUGCAGUUUAGUGCACAACUGCGGCAGCCGAGUACGCGGUCUAAGUCUGAAAAGCUGGCCUACGCGGAAAAUGAGCCAACAUCGGGUCUCGAUAGUCAGACAGCCUGGUCAAUCUGCACGCUCUUACGCAAGCUUGCAGAUAAUGGCCACACCAUCCUAUGUACAGUUCAUCAACCUUCGGCCCAGUUAUUUAAUCAAUUUGAUCGUCUUCUUCUUCUUAGAAGUGGCGAAACUGUCUACUUUGGAGAUAUCGGGCCAGAUGCUACAGUUUUAAAACAGUACUUCGAGUCGCGAGGAUCGCGGAAAUGCUUGGUUGACGAGAACCCGGCAGAGUGGAUGAUGGAUGUAAUAGAAAACCCUACCAAGUCGGCCGACGGCCACCAAAACUGGUCUCAGGAGUGGAAUAAUAGUACGGAAAGACAAGAGGUACUCGAUCAGCUUGCGGGCUUUACGACCGUCGUGCCGGCAGAUGCGCGGCGGCAGAAUCAAGGCGGAUAUGGAGCGACUAUGCCUCAUCAACUGCUCAUCCUAGUGCAACGGACAUUUCGAGACCAGUGGAGGAGCCCGAUUUACUUAUACACAAAGACGGCAACUUGUAUUGGAUUAGGUCUAGUGAAUGGUAUCUCAUUCUACAAAACCGAUAACAAUAUCCAGGGUCUUGUCAGCCUUUUAUUUUCAUGUUUUUUGACUUGUCAGUUAUUUAGUAUCCUCGCCAUGCUUAUCAUUCCACGCUUCAUCAGAGCACGGCAUCUAUUCGAGGUGCGAGAGCGCGACUCCAAACUAUACUCGUGGGUUGUUUUGGUAGCAGCCAACUUAGUUGUGGAGGUUGCCUGGUUUACCCUGAUUUCCGUCUUUAUUUUCGUUUGUUGGUAUUAUCCGACGGGCAUGUACCUGAACGGAGAUUCCUCCUUUGGCGUGAUUGAGCGCGGGGGGUUGGCCUUUAUGCUCUUAUGGCUCUUCGUCCUCUGGAGUUGCACCAUCUCUCAAGCCUUCUCAGCAAUCGUCGAGGAAAUUGAAACCGCGAUCCAGAUGGCUACGCUCUGCUUCUGGCUGAGUCUUGUAUUCUGCGGAAUCUUGGUGACCCCGGACCACUUGCCUGGUUUUUGGAAGUUCAUGUAUCGCGUCUCACCCCUCACUUACUUCCUCGAAGGCAUUGCUAUUGCAGGCAUGGCGGGGGUUCGCGUACAGUGCUCUCCGGUAGAGAUGCUUCAUAUCCCCCUUCCACCAGGUCGCGGGCGGUGCCAAAAUUAUCUUGAGGCAUAUAUGCGUGAUACCGGAGGUUACGUUGUGAAUUCUGAGAGCGCUGACGGGCCGUGUGUGUUUUGCCCCGUCUCCAUGGCCGAUACCGUGCUAAGAAGCCUCGGGUUAAGCACGGAUAAGAGUAUUGCAUGGAGAAAUGCUGGUAUAUUGACUGGUUACAUCGUUUUCGAUGUAAUUUGUGUCUUUGCCUUGUAUUAUCUUUUGCGAGUGCCUCGGUUCAAGGCCCGGAGCAGAUGA